UUGGGUUCGUUCCAGUAUCAGGAUAAUAUCCCAGGAGAGGUCCUCUGCCACAUUGAUCAUACAGAACUAACACUUCAACAUCAGCAGUGUUAGAUAGUAACUCCCAUUGACACGCUUUGUCCCUCCCAUGGAUGUAUUCCCAGGAGUGGAACCCAGGCACAGAGAAGUCACAGUCUCAGAGAGAUCAGUAAGAGAAAGCAUCGGAGAAGGAUUUACCUGAUAUCACCUGACAGACAACAUGGGAUGCUUUUCACUCCUAAAAACCAUGAUGUUCCUUUUCAAUGGCGCAAUAUUUUUGGGGGGUGCAGUGAUUUUGGCCAUUGGUAUCUGGGUGAAGGUGGAUGGAGGAUCCUUUCUUAAAAUCCUGGUAACGGCAGCACCUCAGCUCCUGCAGGUAGUGAAUGUGGGAUAUCUGUGCAUUGCUAUUGGAGCAUUCCUCGUACUCAUGGGAUUUCUGGGCUGCUACGGAGCUAUGAAAGAAAGUCGAUGCAUGCUAAUGAUAUUCUUCUUCAUCAUCCUCAUCAUUUUCGUUGCUGAGACAGCUGGGGCAGUUGUAGUGCUGGCAUUCUCCUCCCUGUCUAAAGUCUUUAUUGAUUUCCUGGGAAAUAUUGCUGUAGAAAACCUGAAGAAUGAUUAUGGCCUAAAGCAGGAAGUUACCACAGUGUGGAAUGUAACAAUGAAGGAGUUCAACUGCUGUGGAUUUAACGGCUACCAAGAUUUCAACAACUCCUUCUAUUACAAAGAACAUUCUCAUCAGUAUCCUGAUGUGUGCUGCCUCUAUUUUAAUCCGUGUACGGCAAACAACAUCAGCAGCCAGGUGAAGGGUUGCUUUGAAACAUUUGAGCUUUUCCUUAAUAAGAAUGGCAAAGUUGUUGGAGGUGUUGCUUUGGGAAUCUGUGCUCUAGAGAUUGCAGCCAUGAUAGUCUCCAUGGCUCUCUACUCUAUGAUUGGCAACAAAUAGUAUGACUUCAGUGUGGACCAGCCUCCCUCCAAUUAUCGCGAAUGUGCAAAAUGUAUAAUGGUAAAGAGUAUGCAUACAAUCCUCUGUGCUGUUACACCAAUAUUAGGGUUCAAGGUUGCUGAAACCUUUAUCAGAUACAGUUAGCUGGCACUCAUCAGUAAACAUCCCUCUUAUCUGUGGUUUGCGCUAAAUCUCAUAUACAUCAUUGAUCUGGUCAAACAUACCACCGUUUUCAUGGAUAUUCUGAAAAUGUAUCACCUAUCAUCACCUCAAAGCAGCUUCAUCCUUCAUUGUAAAUGUACUCAGCAUCAUUAUACAGAGCUUUUUAUUUAGUACUAGGAGGACUGUACACCAAU